CUUUUCGGCUUUAAAUAAACAAUUGAAAAGAAAAUUUGAAAUAAAAUUGCUUAUAGUUUUUAGAUGUUUUCUUAGCUUACGCAAAUGGAGUUGGACAAAAACAAGCUCGAGUCAAGUACUCGGCUGCUGUUCACAGUUGGCGGCUACUUGGACACACUGCUGAGUCACAUACUCUGUUUCCUAGUACUGAGCGCAAUAGCUUUGCUAGUUAUCUUUACCGUUAUCGUUGCCAUGGACGAUAUAACCAAGCUAAGGGAAAGACAAAACUUGCGCUUGGAAAACAGUAGCGAGACGAAAACGCCCAGCGGUCGUUGUUAUUGGCCCUCGGAUUGGUGUCGCAUUCUGUACAAUUGCGACUGGAAAGAGCCAAUGCGCAGGCAAUCGACUUCCAAACCGAAACAGACCCAGCAACUAAAGCCAAACGUACCACCGUGCUCAGCAGAAGUGCUUAGUAAGUCUGAAAUCAUGAAGUUCCUGGUGCAUCAACACCCACGAAAAGAGCUGGAGCAACAGCCGCCUGUCGCAAACGAAUUGCUGUAGGUGGCUUUCGACUUGGAGAAACUGGGCACAUCGUAAAAGAAAAGCUUUUUUAUGGAACUAUCAUCGGCAACCCAUCUAGUCACUCUUAUUAAAAUAUUUAAACUAAGACCCCCUCAACAUUUUAUAAAGUGUUUCCUAAUUCCAAACUAUGAGACGAGCAACACGCAACUCUGAAAUGGCGACUAGUAUUAUUGCAUUACCUGACAUUUGGCAUUCGAUUUUUUUUUUUAUCUUGGCUUCAUUGACAAAGCUGAAGCUUUCUUUCUAGAAAUUCAAGGAGCAAUGACCAUGGAAUGUUUAUAAGCAAGUCCAGAAUCCGAACGCAAAUUUUAAACAAAUUGACAAAUUUAACACGUGAAAAUAGAAAAGUUUAG